AUGCAGGCACUCAGGAACGGAAAGACCUAUGCUGAGGCGGCAGCUGUUGGCCUGCUGAGAUCGAAAUCGCUUCCGCCCGGUGUCAGCAACCCGCAGCUACUACGAGGGGUCGGCGGAGAAGACACGGAGCCACCACCGGAAGAGAGUGGAGAUGAGUCCGACGAGCCAUCAAGACUGAGGAAGGCCGCCGACUGGGUUCGUGAAAACCCUGGGACGACUGUAUGCUAUGGCGUGAGUGCAGGCAGUCUUGUCGUUUUGGCCGCACCAGCUCUCGUCGUUGCACCAGCCCUGGGACUUGCGGGGUUUGGCUCGCAGGGAAUUGUCGCCGGCUCUGCGGCAGCGGGCUUUCAAGCCGGAAUCGGGAACGUGGUGGCGCCGAGCCUCUUUGCUACCCUCCAGAGCGCCGGUGCGGCUGGCUACGGUGCCGCGGUCGUCAACGGAGCUAUACAGGCAGGCGCCGGGGUUUCUGCUACUGCGUUUGCUUGGUGGGGAGCAAAGAAGAAAGAUUGCGGGGAGACUGAUAAGGAGGAAAAUGCAGGUGGGGAUAGCAAGCCAGGCGCCGAGCAGGACUAA